AUGAGUGUGAAAGAUAAGGCUAUGCUACAGUUAAGGAAAUUUGAUGUUGGAGACAAAUUUUCCCACUUACCAUUAGCAAAAGCUUCUGUUCUUGUGCCGCUGAUGGUUAGAGGUGGGAAGCUGUGUGUGCUUUUCACUGUCAGAUCAAUGAAGUUGACAAGAUCGCCAGGAGAAGUGUGUUUUCCAGGAGGCAGGAGAGAACCAGCAGAUAUAGAUGAAAUAGCCACAGCUCUCCGGGAAGCUGAAGAAGAAGUGGGGCUUUGCCCAGAACAGGCUCAAGUCAUCUGUAAGCUCAUGCCUGCAAUAGACAGAACUCACUGUAUAGUAACUCCAGUCGUAGCGUUCAUCGAAGACUCAUUCCAAGCACACCCUAAUCCAGAAGAAGUCAGUGAUGUGUUUUAUGUGCCACUGGACUAUUUUAUUCGUCCUUCAAAGUAUAAGGUCCAACGUGUUCAAAUGUUGGAAAAGGGUUUUGUUCCAGUACACUACUUUGAAUAUGAUGACUUAGAGCGUAAUGCCUCAUAUAUAAUAUGGGGACUCACAGCUCACUUUACUGUCUUUCUUGCUCUUGCGAUUUUUGGAGAAAAACCAACAUUUGAAGUUGAGUACGAUCUUGAUAAUUUGAUUUCCUCAGCUGAGAACAAUUUCAUGAAGUUAUAUAGCAUAAUGAAGAACAAGCUUUAAGUUUUGAAAUUGUUGUCUUUCAA